AUGGAAGCACAAGAAUUGGAAUCCGAAGACGAUUCUUUAUACGAGCAUAUCUUGAAAUAUGCCCAGCUACACUUGAAAUUUAAAUCGGAUAAAUGGGCGAAAAUGAUGGCAAAUGAAGAAUACAAGAAUAUUAUUCAUAAAUUCAUAACAAAUGCAGAUCAAAUACUGCUCCUAGUUACAUUUUCAACAGAUGGAUUUUUAAUACCGUAUUUGGAAUACAAUACUACUUUCAAAAGUAAAUCUGUAUUUUUCAUAAAAACCUGCCGAUGCCUCGUUACAGAAGACAAUAAGGAUAAAAUUUUAGUGAUCGGCGAUUGUAAUGCAAAUAUCCUGCAUCAUUUGAGACUGAUCGUAAAUGAAGUAUUUGGAACGAUACUGCUAAACCCUCUGAAUCACACAGGGUGGUCACCAACUCUAGAAGAAGAUGUUAAAAGAAACGUAUACAAUUUAAAAGAAAAUAUUAGACAACUACAGAACAUGAUGCAAGGAAAAACUUUACUUCUCAUUCCAGAGCACAUCGAACAAUUUUGUAAUUUGAAUCGUGCUAGCACUAUCAACAAAGAAGCAGUGGAUAUACAUGUUAGAAAUUCCAUCGAAUUCACCGUUUCGAAUUGGAUUUCGCAAGUUACGUUUGUUAUUUCGGAAUCAUCUGAUACGCUAUUCGCCAAUAAUUUUGAGCCUAAUUUGAAUACCGAAAUCAAUUUUUGGGAAAGUAAAUUGGAAAAUGUACAAGGCAUUUUAAAUCAGCUCGGUGAAGAAACCAUUCAGAACAUAUCUAAAAUUUUGAAUAUUUUAGAAAGCCCAUUUUACGCCCAAUUGAAAGAAUUACGCACUAAAAUAUCCAAUUAUAAAUCAGAAGUUGAAAAUAUAAAAUUGUACUUGAAACCGUUGUCGCUUCGCAUCGAGAGUUUGGAAAAAACCGAUUAUAAAUAUUUGAAGAAAAGCAUACCCGAUUUAAUCCAAAUGCUGUUCAUCAUUUAUGUAAAUUGUAUCGAACUGAGGCAUAAUAAUAGGUUUAUCCAUAUCGUGAAAGAAGUUUGCAAUAGUCUUCUAUCUAUGACCAGCAGGUACUUGAACCCAUCAUCGAUAUUUCAAGAAGAUCCAGGUGACGUAAUGACUAAAAUUUCAACAGCUAUCGAUGCACUUUUGCAUUUCAAAGAAUUAUUUACGUACAGUCACGCUCAUCUCAGCUAUUAUACCACAAAUAGACACAUUUUUUGGAGCAUAAGCAGUGAAGAUGCAUUGGAAAAAUUUAACGCAUUUUUAAAUCGUGUAUCAGUAACGCAAAACUUUUUCCUUACCAUACUGCAAUACAGAGAGCUCGAAAAAAUGGAAUUCAGCGGAGUAAUCGGAUACACAUUGUCUUUAAAAGCAGUUGAAAUAUUCGAGCAGUUUAAUACUUUACUGAAUCGUUUUUACGAAGGAAAUUACAACCCCCUGGAUACGUCUGAAAACGCUUUUUUGGAAGAAUAUGUGAGAUUCGAUGAUCAAAUUUCUGAUAUGGAUAAAAGAUUGACUAAUAUUUUCAGCAAAGCAUUUGAAAACUGUUUCAAUAUGGAUCAUUUUUUCAAGCUCAUAUUAAUGCUUGGGAAAUUACUACACAGACCAGCUAUUCGUUGUGAAGUUGAGAAGAAAUAUCUUAAUUUAUUAUCAAUAUUUGAAAACGAACUGGAGGAGGUAACUACGAUUUACAGUGAGAUAAGAAAUUCCUGCUUGUUACACGAUUCGAAAACUUUCGUGAAAAAUUUUCCUCCUUUCAGCGGAGCCCUUUCAACAAUAAUGCAAAUUAAAAACAGAGUGUCACCGUGGGCGGAAAUGUUGAAUUUCAUGGAUAACUGUUUGGUAGGUGUACCAGAUACAACGUCGUAUAUGAACAAAUACAACGAACUGAUGCGCUUGUUAGAAGAAAUUGAAAAGGACGUGACUGAAAAGUGGCUAGGAGAGAUUCCCCAUCAAAUAGAAACAAACCUGAAUAAGGACUUAUUCGUUAUUCAUUCUAAUAAUAUUUUAGAAUUGAAUUUUACGGAUGAAUUGGCUUCUGCAUUAAAAGAAACACGUUAUGUGAAACUUCUGCAAUAUGGACAAAUACCCGAAUGUGUUGAGAAAUUAUACGAUCGUUCGGAAGAAUUAUACCAAGUUUCGCGAAAAUUAGAACGUACAAUUACUCAAUACAAUGGCAUUCGUCAAAACAGUAAAAUUGAAGAACUCGAAUUGAUUGAACACGAAUUGAAAAAUAUCGAUUCGAUUAUUUCAAAUAUUCAGCAUAAUUUUACUUGGAAUUCAGAUUUACAAGAUGCAAUUACGAAUUUAUAUCAAGUUACCAACAGUUUGUUUGAAAAAUUGUCGAAAACUCAGACCAAUUUAUCACAAAUUGAGCAGCUGAUAAAUCAAUGGAAUGAGAGUCCACUUUUUAUCAGAUAUGAAGAUACUGGACUAAUUCAUUACGUCGGAUGGGACCACAUUGAAAUUCAAUCCAUUGUAAAUAAAAGGUACAAGGAUAUAUCAGAAACGAGUGACAAAAUUUGCGAGCUUCUCAAAGAAAAUUUGCAACUUUUUUGCAACGUAGUAAAAAAACCAGAUAGUGAUAGACAAAUUAGUUCUUCAUCAAGUGAAUUAGGCGAGUCUAAAAAUCAAUUAAUAGCGAAUAAAGGCUGA